CGAAACCGGAAUCGACUGGACAGACAGACAAGGAAAAAGUUAACAGAUAUUUUUCCCAAAUAGCAGAAAUGAGUAACGAAAAUUCUAAUCACCCAGAAGAAAAGCGGAGCUUGAAGGACGGGUUUGAUGAUUCCGCUACACCUGACGACAUUGAUGAUUCGAAAGUGAAAUUUUUAAAUGGCAAAAGUGGUUUGGACGAUGAGUGUGUUGUGGAGGUCGGCUCGGACGUUUCUUUCACUGGUCUGGGAAAAGACGAGUUGAUGAAAUAUGCCAACGAUCCUUUUUGGGUUCGAACACGGAUGAUCUUGUUCGCAGCCUUCUGGAUAGGAUGGAUUGCUAUGUUGGCAGCUGCGAUCGUCAUCAUUAUUGUGGCGCCGAAGUGCCCGGAAAGACCUAGCCAGACAUGGUACCAGACAGACGUAGUAUACCAGAUUAAUGUAAAAUCGUACAAGGAUAGUCAGAAAGAAGGUGUGGAUGGAGCAGGUGUUGGAGAUCUUGGAGGUAUUGCAAGUAAGAUCGAGUACUUACAGUCCAUAGGAGUGAAUGCAUUCUGGCUCAACUCUUUCUACAAAUCUGGGGACAAUUCAUAUGACAACAAUGAUGUUGUGGAUCACAAGCAGGUUGAUGAGUCUGUUGGUACAAUGCAAGUAUUUGACAGCCUCAGGAAAGAUACCAAGAAAAAAGGUAUGAGAAUGAUUCUGGAUUUUAUCCCUAACCAUACUGGAAAGAAACACGAAUGGUUCCUGAAGAGUGAAGCAAAGGAGGCUGGCUUUGAGAACUUCUACAUCUGGGCUGCUGGAACUGGUUCUGACCCAACAGUGAAUCCACCUAACAACUGGGUAACAGCCUAUGGCUCCCCAGCUUGGACAUACAGUACAGCCAGGAAAGAAUGGUACUACCAUUCCUACUUGCCAGAAUACCCAGACCUCAACCUUAGAGAUGAGGAUGUUCUUAGCAAUGUUGAUGGAAUACUGAAGUUCUGGCUUGACAAAGGUGUAGAUGGAUUUGCUGUACAAGGAUUACAGAGACUGGUCGAGUCAAAUGAUACAAGCAUGGAUGAGGGAAGUGUUGGAGAACACACUGUAGACCAGCCAGAAAAUCAGGAGCUGGUGAAGAGAUGGCGAGGAAUCAUCAACUCUUACUCUGAUAAACCAGGAAGAGAAAGGACACUUAUUGCUAAAAUUGUUGAGAAAGGCAACAAUACAGCAGAAUACUACAAGGCUGGCAUACACAUUUUGAUAUCUGAUGCCCUUGUCAAUGUGGAUCCUUUAACUUGUGAUCAGCAGUGUAUGAAGAACAAACUGAUGAGUGCCAAUGAAGAUGGUCUGUGGAGAGGAUGGCAGUUGGACAAUGAAAACAGUUCUCGAUUUGGAAGUGUUGUAAGUGAAGAUCUACAGAAAGCCUGGCAGGCGUUCCAUCUUCUGUUGCCAGGAACAGCAUUUGUUUACUAUGGUGACGAGAUAGCCAUGAAGAACGGAGUUGUUGGUGCUAGUGACACCAAAGAUCCUCUCGCAAGGGUGUCUGGACAGACUUCAAGAGACCCAUACCGAACACCAAUGUUGUGGUCCACUGGUGACAAUGCUGGUUUCUGUGCUAAGAAUGUUACACCAUGGUUACCAAUCAAUGCAGAUUACAUGAACAACAAUGUAGAGUUCAAUCGUGCUCAUCUGGUUGGAUACACAGUUCUAAAUUCAUUCGAAGAUCUUGUGAAACUUCGCUCAAAGGAAUCAUUACAGUUUGGCAAGUUUGAGAUGAAAAUUUUCAACGAUAUUCUGUAUUUCACACGUAAAGCAGAAGGUUUCCCGGGAUACCUGGUAGCAAUUAACCGUGGAGCAAAGACAGCCGGGUUUUCAGAUGUAGCUGACAAACUUACCCUAUUGUAUGAUUCUGCUGGAACAGACAAUGUAGGCACAGUAUUAGACACCAAGGCUGCUCCUAUAGGCUUUACUGAUGGAGAAGUUUACGUGUUUGAAUAUUAGAGGAUGAAUUAUGCAUCUUAUUCUCUUGAAGCUAAGUUCAGAUAACUAAUGCACCAAUACUAGUUGCCAUUGUAUUUACAUAUGAAACUGUCGAGUUCACAUUUAAACUUAAGUACUUCAACCUUACUAUUUUAUAAAAUUGUAAAAUUUUGAUAUAUACCAGUCCGCAUGUAGUUUAAAAAGAGAAUACUUCAAUUUUUACAGAUGGUAAGACAGAACUGUUUACCAUCAUUUAAAGUAUGUUUUAUCAUUUAGUGUCGGAACCAAAUGUACAACAUGACCGGGGUUAUUUACAUUUAAAUUCUUUAAAUAUCUUUUACAGUUUGUUUGGCAAACUUUACUAUGUUUAGAUACAAAUCACAUAGUUCAGUAUUGUUGUAUUAGUUAUCUUUCUAUCUUUUGUAAACUGUUGGAAAUGUGAUAGGUUUGUAUACUGCUAUUUAUACAGUAUCCAUUUACCUGAUACACAGAUAAUAUAUAACUAUGUAACUUUGUCAAAUAACUUAAGUUAUCUCGAUCAGAGCCUGAUGAUCUUUGAUAAAUUCUUAAUCUACUGCCAGCAAAUUAAAUUUUUAAUUUCCAACAGUUUACAAGACAAAAGCCUUGUUUGAAGAAACCUAAAUUUCUGUCUUUCUUUAACAAAAACAUAAACACAAAUUGUGCAACAUUGGGUUCUAUUUGGUUAAUAUUUUUAAAAUUUUCUUUCUUUUGUCUCAUUUUCAAUUUUUUUUUGAAGAAGAAAGAACUCAAUAAAUUUCAGAUAGGAAAA